GAAGCGUCUGUUUCGCUCACGCGGCUUCCGGUUCGUUCCGCCCCCUCACAUCAUGGCGGCCGCGGUGCUGAGCCGGUGCAGUGCUGCUCUGGUUCGGUGCCGUGCUCUGCGCUGCUCGGUCCUGGGUGGGACUAAUGGCAGGACAGGACCAGUGGGAGACCAGUACCUGCUUCGGGAAGAAUCCUCCUAUUCUGCACUUCCUAAUGACUACAAUUGUGAAGUCAAGCUGGCUCUGACAUCAGAUGGGAAAACCAUUGUCUGCUACCAUCCGACAAUAGAUAUUCCAUAUGAGCACACCAAGCCUAUUCCUCGACUAGAUCCAUUACACAACCAGGAAGAAUCGCAUGAGCAGGUUCUAAAAGCCAGACUGCACGAAGCUGAGGGUAAACCUGCACCAACCAUGGAAGAACUGAGCAAGAUGUUCUUCACCACCAAGCACCGAUGGUAUCCUAUUGGCCAAUACCGCAGAAGACGAAUAAAGAAAGACCCUCCUAAAGAUCGCUGACUUUGAUUCAAGCUUUCCUGCUUGGAGAUUACAAAAUGCCCCCAUUCAACACGGCAUGAUAUAUAUGUGUGAAAGUGACAAAUAAAAGUUUGUGUUUAAUUUU